UCUACCAGUUCCGAUCUCGUGCUGUCUGGUGAAGCAUCGAACCGUUCCGAAUCGAACCGACGUGGAAUCAACCUCUGACUGACUCAUUGGUCAGUUUUUUUCUUUGGUGUAUUGCUCCCCUGUGCGAAGGAGGAAGUAGCCGUUUGGGUUGGGUUGGGUUAGUAGGAAGAAGGAAAGCAGGGAAAACGGUACCCUCGGUGUGUGUGAUUCAUAUUUUUCUUUGAUUGAACUGUGCAGUGUUGAAUAAGGAAAUAAAGGACAGGAAACAUUGCGGAAGACCACACUGUAAGGGAAAUCGCAGAAUUGUGCCGUAGGGCAGCGGCUAAGCUACAAAACAGCUAGUUCCUGGGAGUUCUGCGAACCGGCGCUUGUUUUGUGUCAUCGGAUUGCAGUAAAGGAUUAGUGGGAGUGAAAAAAAUAUAUAGAACGGAAAUCACGGGCUGUGACCAUCACUCGAGUGAGCUAAGAGUGGAAAAAUUUUCGCCCAAGGAUACAGCAAGAAACGAAGACGUAUCGAGAUAAAAUCGAUUUGUAAUGUGAUUACAAUUUCCGUUCUUUCGUCUUUGCAGUAAUAUUGGUGCUCAUUGUUGAAUCGAUUCAGUCGUGGAUUUUUAUGUUCUAUUUUUCUAAUUCAUUUUGUAAGUUUCUUCUUCUGCUGACUGGCUAGAUGUUCUGUAGUUGAGCGGAGCCUGUUACGAGGCGAAGAAAAUCGCAAGAAUAGGAAAAGCUGAAACAAGGAAAACACAGUGACGAGAAAAUCGAUUUCACGGGUCGUGUGCUUCAUAGUGUGAAAAAAAAUCACAACACAACUGUGCAGUGACAUCCAAGCUAUUGUGAAUAAAGUUUGAAGUGGUUCGUAUAGAGUAGUGAGAAUGAUGUCCCGGUGGCUAGCGGCGUUGGCGAUAUUCGUCGUGACGUGGAGUACAACGUAUCAAGUUCAGGCCGCUUCUCCACGAUGGGAACCUCAGAUAUCAGUGUUGUGCGAAUCGGGUCAGACGUAUCACCCACAGUACCUUUCAGAGGAGGGUAGAUGGUCGACGGAUUUAACCAUCAAAGUGCCCGGUUCGACGUGUUUACGGGAUAAAAUGGAUCUAUUGGACUAUUGUAAAAAGGUCUAUCCAGGUCGAGAUAUCACGAAUAUCGUCGAAUCGUCUCACUAUCAGAAAAUCGGUGGCUGGUGCCGACAGGGUGCACUAAACUCAGCCAAGUGUAAAGGUGCUCAGCGGUGGAUCAAGCCGUUCAGAUGUUUGGGUCCGUUCCAGUCAGACGCUCUUCUGGUGCCCGAAGGAUGCCUAUUCGACCACAUUCACAAUGCGUCCCGAUGCUGGCCGUUCAUCAGGUGGAACCAAACCGGCGCCGCCGCAUGCCAGGACCGAAACAUGCAAAUGCGAAGCUUCGCCAUGCUGCUGCCCUGCGGAAUCUCGCUCUUCUCCGGCGUGGAGUUUGUGUGCUGCCCAAAGCACUUCAAAGUUCCAAUGAAAGUGAAAAAGACCGAUUUACCGGUGCUGCCCCAGGAAAGUGAAGUGCUACCAGCAUUGGACGACGCCGACGCAGACAACUCCGAAGAUGACGACGACGAGGACGACAUCGAUGAUGACGAAGACGAGGACAUGCUAGGAGAUGAGCCAAUCGAAAGCGACGAUGAUGAGUAUGACUCCGAGGAGGAUUUCGACGCCGACAAGGAACCUGAUACCGGAUCGGCAGCCUGGGAUAGCUUCAGCACACCCAUGCCGCUGUUCGCCAAAGACAAGAAGGACACCUACACAACGACUGCUUCGAGCACCACCGAGAAGCAAACCGAAAUUCCAACAACUCCAAUAACCGCCAUUCCGACCCCGGAUCCAUACUUCACCCAUUUCGAUCCACGCUACGAGCACCAGAGCUUCAAGAGUUUGCACGCUGAAUUUCAGGAAGCGCAACAACGGCUUGAGGAAAGCCACCGCGAGAAGGUGACCCGAGUGAUGAAAGAUUGGUCCGACCUCGAAGAGAAGUACCAGGACAUGCGGCUCGCCGACCCCAAAACUGCCCAGACCUUCAAGCAGCGAAUGACCGCGCGGUUCCAGACUUCUGUGCAGGCACUGGAAGAGGAAGGCAACUCCGAGAAGCAUCAACUGGCAGCGAUGCAUCAACAGCGAGUUCUAGCCCAUAUCAAUCAGCGCAAGCGGGAAGCGAUGACGUGCUACACCCAGGCUCUCACCGAACAGCCACCGAAUUCUCAUCGUGUCGAAAAAUGUCUGCAGAAGCUCUUGCGUGCCCUUCACAAGGAUCGGGCUCAUGCUUUGUCUCACUACCGUCAUCUGUUGGGCUCCGGAGGGGCUGGUGGACUGGAAGCAGCAGCCUCUGAACGACCGCGAACUCUCGAGCGUCUCGUUGACAUUGAUCGUGCCGUCAACCAAUCCAUGUCGAUGCUGAAGCGUUAUCCGGAACUUUCCAACAAACUGUCGCAACUUAUGGAUGAUUACAUCCAAGCGCUACGCUCCAAAGAUGAAACUCCCGGAUCUAUGCUGGCUAUGACAGAGGAUGCCGAAUCAGCCAUCCUGGACAAGUACCGCAUGGAGAUCGAACGCAAAGUCAGCGAGAAAGAACGCCAACGGCUAGCUGAAAAGCAACGUAAGGAGCAGCGUGCACAAGAACGAGAGAAGAUUCGCGAAGAAAAAUUGCGCUUGGAGGCCAAGAAAAUGGAAGCUGCCUACAAACAGCAACAGCAGCAAAUCCAGCAGCAGCAACCCCCUCCACAGCAGCAACAACAACAACAGCAGCAGCAGCAACAACAGCUUCAGCAACCAAUUCCACAGCAGCCGCAACAGCAACUGCCACCACAACAGCAACCGCAAGUGCAAACGCAGAUCCCAGUAUCCGAACAGCCACAAACCCAAAAGCAAACCGAAUUGGAAACUGUCAAAGACACGGAAGCUACCAGGGACUACACCGAGGAGGCUACUAUCUCUAACAGUCCACAGUCCACCGCUCUACCGACGGUCGAUGAUGAGGCAGUGCAGCGUGCCGUCGAGGAAGUAGCUGCCGCGGUUGCGCACCAAGAGGCGGAACCCAGGAUGCAGCACAUACUGGCCCACGAUAAUGGGCACAGCGAACCGACCUACUCGGUACGGCGGGAGAUCUACGGCCCCAACGGACGUGAGAAUCGGAACGUAUACUUCACUCUGAUGUUCGCCGGAGUGGCCCUAAUGGGCGCCGUGUUUGUGGGUGUUGCCGUCGCCAAGUGGAAGGCUUCGAGAUCACCUCAUGCUCAAGGAUUCGUCGAGGUUGAUCAGGCCGUCGGGCAGCCCAUCACGCCGGAAGAGCGGCACGUGGCCAAUAUGCAGAUCAACGGGUACGAGAACCCAACCUACAAGUACUUUGAAGUGAAGGAAUAAUUUGUGAAUAGUGCUGUAUGACCGUAGAUCAGGGGCACUUAUUUGAUAAGAAAUGAUAUUGUGUGAAAUCGUUUUCAACGGACAACGGUUGAAUACUCGCUGUGAACGUUGACAAAAAAUGGGGAAUCUGUUCUGAAAGGGAAAUAGAUUUUUCAUAAUAUUAUGUUUGAUCUCAGUUCGAAGACGCUGCUAAGAGGGAAACACGAUUUCCUCAAUAGGAAGGAACAACUAACAACUUGUUGAUUUGUGACUAUGACGCAAAACAUAAGCAAAGUUAAGUAAGAUUACGUAAGAUCAGUAUUUUGCUUUAGAAAGUAUGGACUUUAUUUUGUAUGAAGGAAAGUACUAAACUAUCGUUAAAUAGUGUGAUUGUAAUUGUAUAUUUGCCCAAUAGAUACUAAUUUGUAAGAACAUAUAACGGGAGAAGCAGAUUGAUUAUAGUCAUCAGAAAGGAGGAUGCCGUCGUUACCAGAAAAAAAUAUAUAACCACAUCAUCACAAGUCUGGGCGAUUCUUUCAACUAAUAACACUCACCAAUACACAUAUAGAAGUGACAGGCUACACACUUUUUGUUCUGGCACAUCCCUCUGCAUCGUAGCUGCGUAUGAGGGUUCAAAAAUGGACAGCUUUCUCUGCGAACUAUUAGAAUACUGCUAAGAACCCUUCUUCAUCCCUCACAUAUAGUUAGAUAGCUAAGUAGCUAAUUAGUUAUUAUUACAAAGAAAACGUGACAAAACAAAAAAAGAACAAAAACAAUAAUUGUAAGUAACAUAGCUUUUUUGAUCAGUGAACCGGAAAAAUGGUAAUAGAAAAAAAAACUAUCAAAAUAUAUAUAUUUUUUGUAACAAGCCUGCUAUACGCUUUGAAAUUUCAUAUUUAUAUAAUCUUAACAAUAAUAAAGGGUAAACUAUAUAUUUACAACAACAAUAAGACACUCACUAUCACAUGCUUCAAGGCGAACAAUAAUUUCGAGGCUUUUGGGUUUGAUUUUCCUUCAACAGUUGAGAAUUCACUUUAACCCAGCAGAAUGCUAGGCAGCAGAAUAGUAACAAAACAAACCACACUCAAAACACUAUAGAUGUCGUCCUCGUUGUGUAGACACAAAGUGUGUAACAUUCCAACAUCGUAGCCCAAUGAGAUGUGUGUACCAAUUACAGAGCUUCUUCCGAGAAACAAAGUAGCGAGCAGUAGAAACUUUUGAUCAACAUAUUACAAAACCACAGCAGAACCACACAAAAGCAAACCAACAUCAAUCAUGCAGAGUAUCGCAAAUGAAUAAUAUGUGCAUCCUGAAAAUUCAAAUUCGUCCAUUUUUGUAGACUUUUGCGAGCGCGUAAUUAAAUGUAAGAGAAACUAUUGAGGGAAAAACCAUGUUGCUCCCAUUUUCAGCUGUAGAAUCACCAAAUUACUCAUUCAGUGUUGCCAGAAUUGCUUGUGAUGAAUUUAAAACGCUUGGCGCUCUAUCUAUUGUUUCAGUGCGCUUUUCUGUACGCGGAAAAGAAACUCACAUACACACCACAGAAUGGUAGAAUUUGUUUUACGGUAAUCACAAAUUCAACCAGAACAAUUCCGUAAACUCGAACCGGUUAUUUCUCGUAUUAAUCUUCACACGCUGAUUGGGAAAAACAUAAAAUCUAUGUAAAAAAUGAAUUUGAUAUUAAUAGAACACUAAAAUUAACAAUAAUGACUAAAAGUAUUUAAAAAGGCAGAAUAAAGUAGAUUAUAUAUCAUGUAUAAGUAUGUAACAAGGAUAUUUAUACACACGUAUAAAUGUAACAAUGUAAACAUUUACAGAAUAGUUUUAUUAGGAACUACCAAAUGCGUCACUUGGUUUAACUCAACAAGUCAACAUUAUUGUUUUAUUCAAAUUUAAGUUAAUUUAUAAGUUAUUAUAAUACUCUUCUUGAAGUUAUGAUAAAAGAAAACAUCUAGUCUCAACUAAAAUGUUGAUUAAGCAUAAACUAAACCAAUACACGGCAUAAUAAAAACGUGCAGGACGGUAACUCAAACACUCUUGAACUUUGAUACCGAGCAAAAGCAAGUUUAUCACAAAAAGCGCUUAGUUUGACACGAUUGCUAUCCACUAAACUACUCAAGUAAAAGCAACAAUUAUAUCAGCAAAGUACACGCUAAAUCAAAAUGUAACCGCUCGUUUCUUCAUCAGUUCGUUUUCCAAACAAGAAUAUUACUCAAAACUAUUAUAUAUGAACAACUUUUUUAAGAAAUAAAACAAGAUAAAAGACACUAAAUGAUACAAGACGUAAAAUUGAGGAAACCAAAACAUAGCUGUCAGAAUGAGAAGAAUGAAUACAACACACAUGCAUUGGCGGAAACAAAAUUCAAUCCAGAUUUAAUAAACUGUUUUAUGUGCGAAAUUUAGAAAGAGGCCAAUUGAGAGCAACUAAAGCAGAACACAAUCCAUUGUUACUCGUACGUGUAAUAAUUGAUUACCACUUAGAUGAAUACGUCCCAUUUUCAUUGCAAAACAAGAGACCAGUAUCACACAUAUUCAAACUAAAGAGCGACAAGUGAGUCGGCAACAAAUCAGAACGCCAGACAUUCAAUACCGCAAAAAAAAAAGUUCUGUGAAUUUGAAUUCUGUUUCCACUAACCGAAUCUAACUCUAUCAGCAAACUGCACAAUAAUUUUUACACUCUUUGAUUUACGGUUGAAGAAUGUUCCGCAGAUCGCUCCGAAGCCGAUGCAUGCGAUUUGCAUUUUCGAUCUCUAAAUUGAGCACACACAUGCAACUAACACAACUUUGUAUCGUUGAUGGACAUUUCCCUGCGUUUUGUUCGAUCGCCAUCAUUGGCCGAUCGUUUCCUAUCUUUGCAAAUCGACCGUUACGCAACUAAGCCGUGAGCAUUUAGGUGAAGAUCGAGCGCAGACUCACAUCUAAAACCAAUGAAUUGUUUCUAUCUAUAAGAUCAAGCAAACCGGAGAAGAAAGAAAAAAAUCGUCCCACAAUAUCUGUUUGUAGAAUGAAAUAUAAAGUCGGGAGGAUGGAGCACGAAAAGAGGAAAAUGUGAAAGGGUGAAGAUUCAGAGAAAGGAGUUUGGAUGAGUUAAAGAUGCUCUGGAAUCCAGCAAAACUAAUAAUUUGAAGGAGGAUAAUAAAAUAUGAGAUAACAAUA